UAUCGCUGGCCUCGUCUUCUUGCAACAUUCCACAGGAGUGAGUUGCGCUCCAUAUGAAGCCCAACCCAAUCGCCCUCCGAAAUUUGGAUUGAGCUUGGCCACAAUGCAGUCGCAACAUUUCUGUCUGAUCUUUCUCCUAUGCGCCUGGCGAUCACUCGCCGGCCAUGCAUCAUGGGAACAGCCAGUCGACAACUCUACCAUGCUACAUCAUGAUAAGCGAUAUUUCACCGUCGGUAUUCCUGGACAAGGAACGGCAAACUCUAUUGGAGAGAAUUCCCAGCCAUGGCCCAACGCGAAGAUUCGGUAUUGCUUUGCGGACGACGAGGCCGAGACCGAAUUGAACGAUCAUGUCAUCAGUGGCAUGCAGUUAUGGUACGAGCAUGGCCUGAAUGAAAAUGUGUUCAAGAUGGUAAAAAUUGGCCGAACAGAGUGCAUGGGAGACCGAGCAAAUCACUUGGUGGUCAGUUACAAUGGUCAAGGCCACCUUGGAUCAAGCGUGGGGAAGAUUGUCGCGAACCCCCCCGACCAGCCGGGCCCCUCGAUGAUGCUGUCGACGUUAGAUAGCGUCGGCAUGCUGGAUGUUCGUGCGAACGUCGCGCAUGAGAUCGGACAUGCUUGGGGUCUACUUCACGAACACCAACGACCCAAUCUCUGGAGCGCCUUCAACUAUUUCACUGGUUCCUCCCAGUAUUACGACGCCUUUCUGUUCACUUGUCAGAAUAUGCGAGACUAUCAAGCCAAACUGGCAGAGCACGGUCAAGGAGUGAUGGAUAAUGCCUGCAAACUUCGUAGCGCCGCAGAGGCUAUCGACUUCUCAGCCAAGGAAUAUCUACCAAUCUUGGCACGAGGUGUAUUCCGCGAACCAGAUUUUAUUACCUCCCCUGACGCCGUUGAUUGGGACUCUCUCAUGCUCUAUGCGUCAGGGUGCGGAGGAGCAGGAGUAGCUUCCCCAGGAAAUGACCAGCGAGCACCUGUUCUUCAGCGACGUGAUGGCACGGCCCUGAGCCCGAUUGUUCUCAAAACUCAACCGAGUGUCAUGGAUGUCGCUGCUCUGUCGGCACUUUAUGCCGAGGCGGAAAGAAGUAUGUCCGAUAUGACGCUGCUAAUGGAUCCGAAACAUCCAAAGAACAGCCGGUUCAGGGAUCUCUUUAAGUCAUCGUCGGGCAGGUGUCUGUGAGAGGUUGAGGAACAAGCCAGCAACUCUCGAGAUGACCCAAGCUAGUUGCAAAGAACCGUCGCUUUCGCCAAUGCCAGGCGAUUAUUUUG